CGAAAGUUUUAGUCUGACGAAACAAUUGAAGAGUGGGUACACCAGAGGAAUUAUAAACAUCUCAGAACUUGAGUAUGAAUAAUGAAUUAUGAUGGAAAUAGUAGAUAUGAAUGAAUGAAUAGCAAAUAGGAGAUGAAGUGGUGAUUCAGAUUAUCUGAUUUUGAUGUUCUUGAUGGUGAUAAAAGCCGUGAAUUUUGCGAGCACAUAACAAUUUGUUGCUAUCGAAUAUAACAACAUUGCUACAUUGAUAUUAUCGAUAAUAUAUAAAACAUGUCUGCUAAGGCCAUAAGAGAGGCCACCGGCAAAAAUAUCAUCAACAAACAUCUUCCUGGAACCACAGCUGCUGCACAAUGUAGAUUUGCUUCUGUAGACUCUGAAACGAAAUUUGCAGAAUUGGUAGCUAAUAAUCCUUGGCUGAAAACCGAGAAACUCGUUGUUAAGCCAGAUCAGCUCAUCAAAAGGAGAGGAAAACUGGGACUGAUUGCCGUCAACAAAGAUCUAGAGUUUGUGCAAAAAUGGAUAGCAGAACGUAUGAACAAAGACCAGAAAGUGGGCACAGCCACAGGCAAGCUUCGCAACUUCAUAAUCGAGCCUUUCGUACCACACAAAGACGCUGAAGAAACCUACGUUUGCAUAUAUUCGCACCGACAUGCCGAUACCAUCUUGUUCUAUCAUCAGGGAGGUGUGGAUGUUGGGGACGUAGACAGCAAAGCUGUCAAAUUAGACGUUCCUGUUGGAGAAACUAUAGAUGAAGCUACUAUCACUAAGGUAUUACUUGGAGAAGUAGCAGCAGAAAAAAAGGAAAUGAUCGCCAAGUUCAUCCACAACUUGUACAAAUUGUACGAAAAUCUAUAUUUCACAUAUUUGGAGAUCAAUCCUCUCGUUGUUACCGACAAGGAGAUUUACAUAUUGGACUUGGCGGCCAAAUUAGACGCUACUGCUGAUUUCAUUUGUAGGCCGCAAUGGGGUGAAAUUGAUUAUCCGCCACCGUUCGGAAGAGAUGCUUUCCCAGAGGAGGCUUACAUUGCCGACCUGGAUUCCAAAUCUGGGGCAAGUCUGAAACUCACUAUUCUCAACAAAUCCGGUAGGAUUUGGACUAUGGUUGCAGGUGGUGGAGCCUCAGUAAUCUACAGUGACACAAUCUGCGACUUGGGAGGAGCAAGCGAACUGGCCAAUUAUGGAGAAUAUUCAGGUGCACCGACCGAACAACAAACCUACGAAUACGCCAAGACGAUCCUGUCGCUGAUGACGCAAGAGAAGCACCCCCGCGGCAAAGUGCUGAUCACCGGCGGCGGCAUCGCGAACUUCACGAACGUCGCCGCCACCUUCAGGGGCAUCAUCACGGCGCUGGUCGAGUACAGGGAGCGGCUGAUCGAGCACAAGAUAUCGAUCUUCGUGCGCAGGGCCGGGCCCAACUACCAGGAGGGUCUGCGGCGGAUGAGAGAAGUGGGGCAGACCUUGGGAAUCCCUCUGUACGUGUUCGGACCGGAAACUCACAUGACCGCCAUUUGCGGUAUGGCAUUAGGAACCCGCCCGAUACCAUCUGAAAACAAUGUCGAAACUGCUACGGCAAAUUUCGCACUGCCAUCCGGAGAGAAACAACCGAACAGGCAUAGGUUGACGCCGCAAGAGAAAGAGGCUGCGAAAUCUCUCGCAACCGCCAGGAAUGCAAUGGAGACUGUACCAAACCUCGCACAAUUACCAUCACCCUCAACACCACAGGGAGACGCCAAAACCUCCCCGAUGUUCACCAAAACCACCAAAGCCAUCAUCUGGGGCAUGCAGAACCGAGCCAUACAGAGCAUGCUCGAUUUCGAUUUCGUGUGCGCUAGGAACGAGCCGAGCGUUGUAGCCAUCAUCUACCCUUUCACGGGAGAUCACAAGCAGAAAUUCUACUGGGGCCACAAGGAGAUCCUCAUUCCCGUCUACAAGCAGAUGAAGGACGCAAUGGCGAAGCAUCCCGACGCUGAUGUGCUGGUGAACUUCGCUUCGCUGCGGUCCGCUUAUUCGAGCACCGUCGAGACCAUGGAUUAUCCCCAGAUCAGGACGAUUGCUAUCAUAGCUGAAGGCAUCCCCGAAAACUACACGAGGAAACUGAUCAAAGUAGCAGACGAGAAGCGUGUUUCGAUAAUCGGCCCCGCGACCGUGGGCGGUGUAAAGCCGGGCUGCUUCAAGAUCGGCAACACGGGCGGCAUGAUGGACAACAUCCUGCACUCGAAGCUUUACAGGCCGGGCAGCGUGGCGUACGUUUCGAGGUCGGGCGGCAUGUCGAACGAGUUGAACAACAUCGUGUCGAAGGCGACCGACGGGGUGUACGAGGGUGUGGCUAUAGGCGGGGACCGGUAUCCGGGAACGACGUUCAUGGACCACAUCAUGAGGUACCAAGCAGAUGCAAAUGUCAAAAUGAUAGUACUUCUUGGUGAAGUUGGAGGUACCGAAGAAUAUGACGUAUGUGCAGCCCUCAAAAGUAAACAGAUUACAAAACCUAUGGUAGCCUGGUGCAUAGGUACGUGUGCAUCAAUGUUCACAGCAGAAGUCCAAUUUGGCCAUGCUGGAUCAUGUGCCCAAUCCACCGUAGAGACAGCAACUGCCAAAAAUGCAGCUUUAAAAGCUGCUGGAGCCUAUGUACCUGAUUCCUUCGAUUACCUAGGAGAUAUCAUCCAGAGUCUGUAUGAACAACUCGUGAAGCAAGGAACGAUAGUACCUGCUCCCGAAGUACCGCCGCCGACUGUGCCCAUGGAUUACAACUGGGCUCGUGAAUUGGGUCUCAUCCGUAAACCUGCCAGUUUCAUGACUUCCAUAUGCGAUGAACGAGGGCAAGAAUUGAUUUACGCAGGCAUGCCCAUCUCCGACGUCUUGCAAAAGAACGUCGGCAUCGGCGGCGUCAUCUCGCUGCUGUGGUUCCAGCGCUGUCUGCCGCCCUACGUGUGCAAGUUCUUCGAGAUGUGCCUGAUGGUGACCGCCGAUCACGGCCCCGCCGUUUCGGGGGCGCACAACACGAUCGUGUGCGCACGCGCUGGCAAGGAUCUGGUGUCGAGUCUGGUGUCGGGACUGCUGACGAUCGGGGACAGAUUUGGGGGGGCCUUGGACGGGGCGGCGAAGAUGUUCAGCGAGGCCUACGACAAAGGUAUGCACCCAGCCGAAUUCGUGAACGCGAUGCGAAACAAAGGCCAACUCAUAAUGGGCAUCGGCCACCGGGUGAAGUCCAUCAACAACCCGGACCAGCGCGUGAAGAUCGUCAAGGAGUUCGUCAUGGCCAACUUCCCGGCGACUCCUCUGCUCCUCUACGCGCUCGAAGUCGAAAAGAUCACCACCAGCAAGAAACCUAACCUCAUUCUCAACGUGGACGGCGUGAUAGCGUGCGCGUUCGUCGACAUGCUGAGGAAUUGCGGCAGUUUCACCAGCGAAGAGUCGCAGGAGUACAUCAACAUCGGCGCGAUCAACUCGCUCUUCGUCCUGGGCAGGUCGAUAGGGUUCAUCGGCCACUACAUGGACCAGAAGAGGCUCAAGCAGGGCUUGUACAGGCAUCCGUGGGACGACAUUUCCUACGUGCUGCCUGAGCAGUACAACAACGAUAAUUAGAUGCAUUUAUUCGACUAGGUUCGCGGCGAACUACUAGGCCAAAACUACACUGAAUCGACUAUGAGGGAUCUCGUGCAGGGUGUUUCAAUGGGGAACAGAAAAACGUUCGUCUUUGUAGCCGACAUAGAGGUUUUGACGUUGCUAAUUUCCAAGGAACUGCCCAGCAUUAUUCUUUCAAUAUUUGGUACACAUGUUCUUCCACUAUACAAGGUGUUUUUGAAAUAAGUGCACAUAUUCAGUACAUUAAUAUGAUACAGUCUAGGGAAUAUUCCCAUGAUAUCAGAUUUUUUCUAAUUCUUCUAAUUUACGAGAAAUUUCAUCAG